AUGUCAGAAGAGGCGCAAGCUGGGCCGUCUAGAUUGCCCGAUCAGGGCGCCUCAACGGUCGCCUCUGCACCGCAGAUGUCAGCGGCCAGGCAAUGGUCGCAGUGCGAAGAAGGCGAGUCCCAAGCAAAGCGACAAAGAGUCGAAGACACCAAAAAUGAGAUGUCAACAUCAGCCGAAGAAGUCAGAGUUACACAACGAGCCCCUUUAUCGGAUGCACAACCAGCUGCAUCGACUUAUCAGACACCACGAACGUGGUCAGCACUCCGCCGGUCAGCUCAUCCUUCGAUCGCACCUUCGCGCUCGAUCUACAGCUAUGAGCGACUCAAUCACAUCCAAGAGGGCACAUAUGGCGUCGUGUUCCGCGCUCGACCGCGAGCUUCGGACGCUCUACCCCGUCAGCCUCCAUCCACCAGCCGGCCUUCAGCCCCAGCCUCCGUAUCACUCUCAUCAUCAGUCGCAGUAAAGAAGCUGAAAUUGGCAAACAACGGUCUGGACGAAUGUGGCUUUCCCAUCACAUCCCUACGCGAGAUUCAAGCACUCACCCUCGCCAAGGCUCACUCUUUCGUCAUAAGGCUACAUGAAGUCUGUAUAGGCAAAACGUUAGAUCAGAUCUUCUUAGUGAUGGAGUUUAUGGAGCAUGAUUUGAAGUCGUUGUUGACGUCCUUCCACAAGGCCAAGACGGCUUUUGCGCCUUCGGAGGUAAAGACAUUGAUGUAUCAACUGCUUACCGCGACGAAGCAGCUGCACGAGGAUUGGAUCCUGCAUCGAGAUUUGAAGUCGAGUAACCUUUUGUUAGACAACCGUGGGCGGUUGAAGGUCGCGGAUUUCGGAUUGGCAAGGAGGUUUGGAGAUCCUAUCGAUGGCUGGAAGCCGGUGACCAAGUCCAGGAGGAGGAAAAAUGAGGCAGCAGCAGCAGCUGUUGCAGAUGGAGGUACAACAGCCACAUCCGCGGCCACGCAGACAGCAUCGACAGGAGCAGCAACGACAACAGCAGCAGCUGCUGCAGCAAAAAAGGCUCUGGGAGCAGCAACAAGCGCAAGCGGCGCGUCGAGUGUGGACGCCGGAGGAUCCGAUUCGCAAAGAUCGCGACAAACAAGCGCAGAAGAUGACCAGGAAGAAGAAAGCGUAGGUAUGACGGACCUCGUCGUAACACUAUGGUACCGAGCACCAGAGCUGCUUAUGCUGAACAAACUUAGCCAAGAUGAAGACCGUCGGCACAAUCAACAUCAGGCGAAACUUCUCGACAAAGCUUGGCGUGGUGAGGCAAAUCCAUUCGGUAAGCCCUUCUGCGUCGAUCUUCCUCCACCCCUCUAUGACGAGAAGAUCGACAUGUGGAGCAUAGGCUGUAUCUUUGCCGAGCUACUACUUACUAGCAAGACCGGUGGCGGUCUGUUCCAGGGCAAGAAUGAAGCAGAUCAGCUGCGUCGUAUUGCUUCCGUGCUGGGACCUCCGAAUACGAUCAUAUGGCCAGACUUGCAUCUCUUUUCGCCGCAUUUGAGGAGCCAAGCAGACAUCAGAGAAGGCAUACCUCCAACGUCGGCGCCAAAACCUUCGAGGAAAGCAUUGUCACAAGAGGAAGAGAGGAUCAAGCUUCGGAUCGAGAAGGAGUUCGGUCCGACACGAUUGACUCCAGCGACGCUCGACUUGCUUUUCAGGCUGCUGCAUUAUGAUCCGAAGCAAAGGAUUGGGGCGAGGGAGGCUUUGCAGCAUGCUUACUUCAAGACCGAACCGCCGAAGAUGGCUCAUCCGGACUCCUUUGGAAGUUUCCCUAGUAUUGCAGCCGGUGAUUACAUACCCCACGAUACGCCGAGUGCGCCAAACGUCCAUCAGAAAGGCAACGCUGCAGGAACCGGCAUCUACGGGAAAACAGCUUUCGAUCAGCCUAUGGCUCCAGCGCAAGCAGCCACCACAUCGAACCGGGGAGAAUACCCCAUGGAGUUCGAGUUCAAUGUCUAG